AUGACAAUAGCUUCUUUCCCAACUCCAAAGACGUCCCUCGAAGCAAUAUCCGAGAUACUGCUGAGAGAUGUUAACGAAGACUCCACGUUUAAGGCUAGCAUACUGUGGCAACAUUCGCCAGCUUUGAUUUUUGUUGUCAGAAGGCCGGGGUGUUGGCUGUGUCGAGAGGAAGCGUUAAAGCUAUCCAACAUGAGAGCCCUAAUUACCGAGAUGGGUAUCAACAUGUAUGCUGUCGUCCAUGAGAACAUCAAGGGUCAGAUCGAGGAGUUUGCUAAUGAAUAUUGGCAUGGAAAGGUCUACCUGGACGAUAGCAAAGGAUUCUAUAAAGCACUUGGUGGCGGGCAAUUGCGUUUCUUUAAAGCGCUAAAUCUAUUUAAACCGUUUGUAUUCGGCAGCAUUCUACGCGCAGGAAGGAAAGGAGAAAUCAAAGGUAAUUUCGUAGGCGAAGGACGCAUCCUCGGCGGCCUCUACAUUGUAAACGCGGGAGAAGGCGGACUUGUGUAUGAACAUAUUGAAACCAUAGCUGGUGAUCACGCGUCUGUUAACGAAGUCCUUAGUGCGUGCGAUAUUGUUUCUACCAAGAAAGAUAAAAGCCAUACUAUAGAAUUGACUAAAAUGAAUACAGAUAUAUUUGUCAAGAAGGCUGCGGAAGAGAUUGGAGAAAAGAAAAAAGCAAAGAAAAUUGUUGGCAUAUGCACUGAGGAUGGGUGCGAGGACGGUGGGUGCUGUUGA